AUAUGGUAAAAAUUAUUAAGUUGUCAGUCAGUUGCCGUUACCUUAUCGCAGAGUUCGUACCUCUUCUAAAUACAAAAUGUUCUAAUUGAACUUGAAUGAAAUAAUAAUAAUUCAUAUUUUAAAUAUCUACAACAAUUGAAUGGAAAAUUAAUAACGGAGUGUCUGAAAAGUGCAAAUAAAUAUCCUUAAAUGUGAUUUAAAACAAACAUAAAAUAUAUGUAUAUAUAUUCAAAUUAAACCUACAACAAAGUGAAAACUUUAAAUAUUUUAAAAAUCAUUUAAUGUUUUAAAUUAAUAACGAUAAUUAAAAUAGUAAAGUAGUGAUAAUUCUGCCUCAAAUAUGCCUUUAGGUCAGCAAGAAGAAAAACAAAAACUCAACAGUGAUAAAACAGAAUCUGAUGUGCCAUUAAAUUCCACAACAACAGCAGCAGCAAUAAAUGAUGAAUACAACAACAAAGAUGACAGUGAACAACAAGAUCAACAUUACAACAAGGAAAAACUUAACAACAACAACAAAAUGACGGAACAUUGCAAUGGCGAAAACGCAGCCAACGGUGGUGCUGCUGCUGCAGUUGUUAAAUACAAUCGCAGUGAGAGUAAAAAAACACAACAAAGUCUUUUCGAAUUAGUUUAUGAAAUAAUUGGAGAAAAAGAACAGCGCACAAAAGAAAUGGGAACAUUGAUACUUCUGGGGGUGGUAUUUUUGCUGUUUAUUAUAAGUUUAACUGGAUUUUUUGUCAUGUGGUUUACAGAGUAUUACAACAACACAAUGUUAGAGAAUCUUAUAUUAGCAAAUAAUUCCGAAACAGCUAAAUCCUGGAUGAAUCCAAAUCCCAAAUAUGACACAUUACUUAAAGUACACAUAUUCAAUUACACGAAUAUACAAGAUUAUUUAGAGUACAAGGCUGAUAAGAUAAAAGUAGUUGAUAUUGGUCCCUUGACCUAUAAGGAACACACUACCAAAGCAAAUGUGGUUUUCAAUGAUAAUUAUACAGUUACAUUCCGUGAUCAUAGAAGUUAUGAAUUUUUACCAGACAAAUCUACGCACGAAGAGAAUAUUAAUGUUAUAGUGCCAAAUGUACCAUUUUUAGCGGCAUCCCUGACAGUGGAUCAGACCAAAAGUUUUAUUUCAAAAACCAUUAAAUUUAAUGCUGUAAAAAAUACCGGAGAACAACCGUUUAAGAAACUUGUGGCCAAAGAUUUCCUAUGGGGUUAUACGGAUAAAAUAUUAUCGCUGAAGAAUUUAUUUUCAAGUGGUGCCAAUUCCAAAUUUGGGUUAUUGAUGACUCGCAACGGCACCAGUGUAGAUUCUUUACAAAUCAAUACCGGCGAAGAUGACAUACACAAAUUUAGCAUCAUUACACAAUUUAAUGGUAAACCAUCUUUGGACUUUUGGACUGAUGAUGAAUGCAACCGUGUCGAUGGUUCGGAUCCCUCCAUGUUUCCACCACAUUUGGUGGAGACCCGAGAACCGCUCAAUGUCUUCCUACAGGUCUUAUGCCGCAAAAUACCACUGCAAUUCGAAAAGGAAGUGACGCUUUUCAAUAAUAUUGACGCUCUACGUUACCGCACACCCCUGAAUGUGUUCUCGAAUCCCGACGAUAAUCCCAACAAUGCCUGCUAUUGUCGCAACACACAAAGCUGUAUGCCCAGUGGUGUUAUAAACGCCACCCGCUGUUACGAUGAUGCCCCCAUCUAUCCCUCAUUUCCACAUUUCUUUUCGGGCGAUCCGAUUAUUUAUAAAGACUUUGAGGGCAUAGAACCACAACAGGAAUUGCAUCAGACAUACGCAGAUGUGCAUCCAAGAUUUGGAUUUCCAAUAAGUGGAGCAUCGCGCAUACAAAUUAAUCUUGGCUUGCACAAGGGACAGCUUGUUAAAGAUAAAUUGAGGCGUCUUGAUCAUGGCAUGAUUUUACCCUUGAUAUGGAUUGAAAUCACUUCGGGCGAUUUUACGGACGAAGUGAUAGACACACUGUAUGCCAGUACAUUUGGUCUGAAUCUCAUCCAGUAUACGCUCAAGUAUGGCACACUGUUGAUGUGUUUGGUUACGUUUGCCUUAAUUGUGGCCGGUUUCUAUUAUUUGGCUCGCAAGCGUGAGGAGUAUUUGAUGCAAGAUGAGAAAUUCUUAAAUGCUGAAUUACGUGCAUUACACAGUAUACACUUGUCAUCGGUCAGUUUGUCACAACAAAUGCAAUCAUGAUUUGUGAAAAAAUAAAAAAAAUUAAACACAAUUGCAAAUACAGAAUACAGAAUACAAACAACACAAAAUCAAUUAUUAAAUUGAAACAAACUCCAUACAAUUUUAAGAAAAUAAAUAGGAAUUUCAUCAACUCACAGAUAGAUCCACAUCUACAUCUAUUGUAUGUACAUUUGUAGUGUAUCUAUGUGCGUUUAUUUUAGCUAUAGUAUGAGUAUGUUUAUUUUUUUAUUUUAUUUUUUUAGUCAGUUUUAAGUAGAAACAAGAAUCUGCAUUAUCAUGCUGAUUAGAUUACUAUUAUUACAUAUUUUUAUUGUAAUGACAAAUUUUUUUUAUAAUAUUUUUGUUUUUUUUUUUUUUUGUAAUUUUGUUACUUUUAUUUUUCUUUUCAAACAUUCUCGUUUAUUUUUUAAUUUUUGUUAUUUUUUAACUUUUAAGAAAAAUAAAGGCCAUUUUUUAUACAUAUACACAAAAUAUGAGUAACAAA